AUGGCUAACAUCGGUGUCCAGACCGCCAUCUUCGUUGUCGCCGCGUUCAUCAUUCACGCCUCACAUUCAGAUGAUUGUGAAGACAGUCGUCCACAAGUAUGGCUCGGAUAUGCGACAUCAGAGUGUGAUCUGUCUGAGGAGUAUUGCGACCUGUUUUCAUUAGAUUACGUCUGUAGCGAUGUUUACAAAGAUGGCGAUUCGUGUUUGGAAGAACCUGGCGGGCGUCCUGGCCCACUCCCUCUGUCGGAACUUCAGAAUGUUCUGUGUGCAUCGCCGAGUGGUUCUACUUGGCAAGCAACUCCCGCUACUACAAUAAAUGUUAUAACUUAUAAUAUAUGGGAACUGCGUCUCUUCAUCGGACAACAGAACGGUCAGAUUGAACGCACUUGUCGCAUCCCACAACAUAUAUUUCGAUAUUAUGGCGAUGUUGAUGCAAUAGUUUUCAACGAGGGUCACAUGGGUGGCUGUUUUUCUCAGGACGGCAUCUCUAUGCGCCAGAUAUUAGAGCAAUAUGGUUUUCCGUACUACACCAAAACACUGGGUGUAGGAAAACUCCCGUCAAUGGGAAGGUUCGAGAAUGGAGGUGUAUUUAUAGCUUCCCGGUGGCCAAUUGUCGCAGAACAGGAACACGUGUUCAGGAAUGCCCUACGAUUAACAUCCGAUGCUCUAAACGCCAAGGGUGUCAUGUACGCUAAAAUAGAAAAAUCUGUAAACGAUGAAACGAAGUACUACCAUGUGUUCGGAACCCACAUGCAGUCAACAGAAAACGAAGAUGGCGACGAGAUUCGAGCCCUACAAGCAAAAGAAAUCCAUGCAUUUAUGCUUGAGCAGAAUAUACUGAAAAGCGACCCUGUUAUUUACGCUGGUGAUUUCAACUCUGAUUAUUAUGGUGACAGAUGGGAACAGAUACUGGAGAUAUUACGUGCCCGCAUGCCUCAAAUCACCGGCCCUAUAAAUGUUACCUACGAUUAUCAACAUAAUGACGUCUUCGAUGAAGGGUUGACCACGCCUUCUUUGUGGAUCGAUUAUGUCUUGUAUAGUGAGGACCACCUUAUGCCAUGUAACGCCAGUCAGGAGGCCAUCAAAUUUGUUGACGAGCAACCGUUUUGGGUAUGCAUGGAUGGAAGGAUACUCCAGCCUGGGCAUGCGUACCCAUACCAGUCUUCGUGUAGGAGCUCUAAGAAUAUCACCGACCUUUCAGAUCACUACGCUGUAUUAGGAAGAUUAGACUUCUCAUCUAGUGUAAUGCCGACAUCUGACUCAGGAUUUCCAACGCUGCCAGCUGAAUGCAUUGUUGGUGAUAGACCAAGUGUUUGGUUAGGUCGUGUCACAGCAGAAUGCAACCUUACCCCUGAUUAUUGCCGUAUGUUCGGUAUGGAGUUUAUAUGCUCAUCUGAUUUUGAAGUCUGGGACAGAUGUUAUUCGUUAUCGGGAACUGGACAAAAUGUGUUGUGUGCCAUCCCUGAGGUAGCAGUCACACAACCCACUCCGCUAUUGACCUUCAAGGUCAUGAACUACAAUAUAUGGGGACUGCGUUAUCUGAUUUACCAAACUGGACAAUAUGAACGCACGUGCAGAAUGCUGCCAAAUAUAAUGACACACAACGGGGACGUCGACGUGAUAGUCUUCAAUGAAGCGUUCAUGGGCGGAUGCUUCCACAUGCACGGCGCGUCAUUCCGCGAUAUUCUCAAAUAUUACGGCUUUCGUUAUUUCACUGGCACAGUUGGUGAGAACACUUCGUUGCUGCCACAGCCAGAAAAUGGCGGUGUCUUCAUCGCCUCACGCUGGCCAAUCACAGCGUGGGAAGAAACCAUUUACGAGGACUAUGUCAUAAUAUCUAGUGAUAUGUUAUCGUCUAAAGGUGCCAUGUAUGCCGCGAUUGAGAAAACGGUGGAUGGACAGACGGUGCAAUAUCACGUUCUGGGGACCCAUCUCCAGGCAGGCCAGAGAAGUAACGGCGGAUCGGAAGUACGACUCGCACAAGUUGAACAAAUGCAUGAUUUGAUGCUGUCUCAGGAUAUCCCCCAAAACGAGCCAGUCAUCUAUGCUGGGGACUACAACACAGACAUGUACACAGAACAAGAUGAACUGGUUAAGAUACUGGAAGUAUUAGAGGCAACCGUACCCCCUGUAGUCGGCCCUCUCAAAUACACAAAUGACAAACAGCAUAAUGAUAUCAUAGGUCCCAGUAACGAAACAUCAAAGUGGAUUGACUAUGUCAUGUACAGUUACGCGCACUUAAAUCCAGACGAUUCGAGUAUGCAAGCUUUCAAUUACACCGACGAUCCAUACACGGUGUGCAUGGAUGAAUUUGCGUUAUUCUCCCGCCAUUUAUAUCCCUAUGACGAAAGAUGUGGAGAGAAUAAAACAAUAACAGAUCUCUCUAAUCAUUAUGCUGUUAUCGGAACAUUUUCGUUUUCCCAAACUACCUCUGUUGGCAGACGAAACACAUUCGUGCUUGAUGUGUUUCAAAUAAUGUUGUACAACUGCACGGAUGACAGACCUCAGGUAUGGUUAGGUUAUGCGACAUCUGAGUGUGAUUUAACACCAGACUACUGUGCCAUGUUUGGAUUGGAUUUUGUCUGUCAAGCUGACUACAACGAUGGUGAUGAUUGUUUGUCUGGUCCAGGUUUACCUGGCUCCGAUGACCCGAGAAAUGUGCUAUGCGCGUCACCACACAUGAACAUCUGGGAACCUACCCCAGCAACUACACUCAAUGUCUUGGCAUAUAAUAUUUGGGAAUUACGUUAUCUUUAUUAUCAGAGUGGUCAAAGAGAGCGCACCUGUCGUAUCCCCCAAGAGAUAUUUCGUCACCAUGGCGAUAUUGAUGUCAUAAUCUGGAAUGAGAUUUUCAUGGGUGGAUGCUUCCCCGAUGACGGGAUUUCAAUAGUUCAGAUGUUAAAUCAGUAUGGCUUCAACCACCACACGACGAGAAUAGGCGAGUAUACAAGAGACAUUUCUAAACAGCCAGAAAAUGGCGGCAUCUUCAUUUCUUCUCGGUGGCCUAUCCUUGAAGAAGAAGAGUGGAUCUACAAACAUCGAACGCGUUCAUCACCAGACACACUUUCUUCUAGAGGGGCUGCUUAUGCAAAAAUUCGAAAGAGUGUUGAUGAUGAGACAAUGGACUAUCAUAUCCUUGGUACUCACUUACAAGCACACGAGGGGGAUAAAUAUGCAGAAGCACGUGCCUUACAGGCCAAAGAAAUGCAUUCAUUUAUGGUAAAACAAAAUAUACCCUUGAACGAGCCUGUCAUUUAUGGCGGUGAUCUCAAUACUGAUAUGUACACUUCACCUGACCAAUGGGAUCAGGUCCUACAAAUUCUAGAGGCCGAUAUGCCUCCCACCGUAGGGCCUUUAAACAUCACUGAUGAUAAUCAGAACAAUGAUGUCAUCCAUCUUAAUUCGACAAGCUGGUCUAAGUGGAUUGAUUACGUCAUUUAUAGCAACCAGCAUCUCCUCCCUAACAACGCCAGUCAGCAGUCUAUUAAGUACACAGACAGUGAACCAUUUGAAGUAUGCAUGAGUAGUAUCCCAGUGUUGACGUCUAGACACGUGUAUCCCUACGAAUUACUCUGCAGAGAGUCGUGGCCAAUAACUGACCUGUCAGAUCACUAUGCCGUAUUAGGACGUUUCGAUUUUACAGACCCUGGACAACCAACAUUGAACCCGACACCAUCACCUUUACCAGACGCGUGCUAUGACGAUAGACCAAGUGUAUGGUUGGGUCGAGCCACCCUCGAGUGCGAACUGACUCCUGCGUACUGUGACAUGUUUGGUUUGGAAUACCUUUGUUCUGCGGACUACGAAAUAUGGGACCAUUGCCAUUUCAAAACUGAUACUGGUAAAAACGUGCGAUGUGCUGUACCCCAAUUAAGUAUAUCAUCGUCAACACCAGUUGAUGAAUUCAAGGUAUUAACGUAUAACGUAUGGGAACUGGCGUAUUUGUAUUACCAAAGCGGACAGCGAGAACGAACUUGUAGAAUGCUGACUGAAGUAUUCCGUGAGCACGCUGAUGUCGAUGUGAUUUCGUUCAAUGAAGCAUUUAUUGGAGGCUGCUUUCCAACAAAUGGGGCUUCUUUUCGACAAAUUCUCGAUUCCUAUGGGUUUAAGUAUUUCACAGAUACGGUGGGUGACUUCACCCCUAUUAUCCCGCAGCCAGAAAAUGGUGGAGUCUUUAUUGCCUCGCGGUGGCCGAUUGUAAAAUGGGAAGAAACGGUAUACGAGGAUCGCGUGUUCGCCUCAGAAGAUAUGUUAUCUGCUAAAGGGGCCAUCUAUGCAAAGAUUGAGAAAUCGGUAGACGGUGUGACAGCGAUCUACCACGUGCUAGGUACUCAACUACAGUCCGGGAAGCGAGAUGAUGGCGGCAUCGAAGUAAGACGAAAGCAAGUCCAGCAAAUGCAUAACUUAAUGAUCAAUCAAAGUAUCCCAUUUUCCGAACCAGUAAUUUAUACUGGAGACUUUAGCACUGAUUUGUACGAGAGGGAAGACGAGUUGACAGAUCUUCUGGCUAUUUUAGAAGCAGAGGUUCCGGAUAUACAUGGAGAAAUUAAGUUUACUAUAGACAGAGUGAACAAUGACAUAAACGCCCCUAGCACUGGCACGUCGAAAUGGAAUGACUACGUUUUAUAUAGCUUUGCGCAUCUCAUUCCAACGAAGUCGUCACAAGAAGCUGUGAAGUACACCGACAGUGACGCUUUUCCUGUAUGCAUGGAUGGAACUGAUCUUUUCGCAGGAUAUCGCUUUCCUUAUGAUGACGAAUGUGGUGAAAAUAAAACCAUAACUGAUUUAUCAGAUCAUUACGCUGUUCUUGGAACAUUUCAUUUCACAAAGGAAGAAGUGUCGUCGGCAGUAUUCGGCACAUCGUCGUGGUAUAUCGUGAUGCUCGGUUUUCUCACAUCAUUUAUCCAAUAG